AUGGCCGAAUCAGAAGCAGACAAGAUCCGCAACAAGCGUCUCGCUAAACUCGGCGGAGGCUCAGGCCCAUCUUCACCAGCGCCACCAUCUCCGAAUACCGAGACUCCGCCAGCCUCAUUGUCCACGCCGCAGAAGGAACCCACAGAGCAAGCGAGCAACCCUUUCUCGCAGCCGGGCGUCAAGAACGAGACCAAGACGCCCGUCAAGAUCAACAUCACAUCUUCGGCUGCUCAGAAGCGCCCCAACGACGACUCGCCCCAGCCAAGAUCACGCCCACAAGCCUCAGAUUCGCUCGAGACAUGGGAAGAUCGCCAGCUCAGUCAGAUGUUCCGCCUGUCACUGAAACCCGAUGUCGUCCGAGAUGCUUCCUCACAGCCUUUGUACUAUCUCGAGAGCGUGCGAGGAGACCUGCUGGAACAAAACGAGCCGCUCCAGCUUAAGACGAGCCUGCUGGAUCAGGCCCUCCCUGAAGCUGCCGGCCUCUUGACGAACACUACCCCAUUAGAGUACCUGCUAGCAUGCUGGAAGCGCAUCUCCAAAGCUUGUCGAGGCAUGAGGAGUACGGAUGCCGAAAGUCCGAGAUUCAAGGUCCUGAUGGAGGCCAGACGACUUUGCAUGAGUUACUGCAUAUUCGCCAUCACUAUGCCCGAGAUGUUCGGUGUCGAAACGCCGCCAGAGAAUGCAUUAGCCAAGCAUCUACUUGCAGAACCCCAGAGCGAAUCCGGUAUUGAUUACGAUUUCCUCGUCGAGGCUGUCUCGCGUUUCGAAGACGAUGAGUCGAUCAAGGACGCUCUGGUCGGUGCUGUCGAACAGCUCAGCAGGCAGCUGGCUGCACUAUCCAUGAACGAUAUCGAGUACAAAUACUACCUUACUGCUCUCAGAAAUCUACUCCAGCACCCGAAGAUCGUCGAGGCAGUAACUCAGUCACCUGCAUUUCUACCCGAAGGCGUCGCGGCACAGGAUAUCGAGAUCGUCACCAUUCUUGGUCCUUUCUUCCGUCUUUCACCUCUUCAGAAUGGUGUUGCGCAGAGCUUCUUCACUACACCCCGGUCAAAAGACAGGGCCUACAUCGCCAAUGCUCAACGUUCGCUGCGCAUGACACUCAACACUCACCAGGAAGAGCUUUUCGCCAUCGCUGACAAGAUUGUUAAAUCUGGAAAGGAGCCACGUGAGAGGUUGCUAGACUGGUUCGCCCAUUGUAUGAACACCAAUCACAAACGUCGCGCCACGAGAGUCGACGAAAAGACCACAUCUUCAGAUGGCUUCAUGAUCAACAUCACGAACUGUCUCGAUCGACUUUGUGACCCUUUCAUGGACGCUACUUUCAGCAAGAUCGAGAAGAUCGAUGUCGACUACCUCAGAAGAAACCCCAGAGUCGAUAUAUCGGAUGAGACGAAGAUGAAUGCAGACCAGAAAACCUCCGAUGCCUUUUACGAGCAAAAGGUUGGGGGCACCAGCAACUUCAUAUCCGAGAUCUUCUUCCUCACCGUAGCCGCUCAUCACUACGGCACCGAGGCUGCCAGCACUAGGAUGGAAAGCAUGCAGAAGCAAGUCAAGCACAUGGAAAAAGAGCUUGAGAGAUUUGAGGCUGAGAAACACAAAUAUGCGCAUGACCCUCGGUACGCUACACGCUUCGAACAGCACCUGCAGAAAUACAGAGACGAGGUCGACAGGAUGCACAGCGUCAUUCAUGCAACGACUGGUGUAUUACUCGAUGAAGUUUCUCAAGCAAGAUCCAUGCAAUUCAUGAGAUAUGUCAUCGUCUGGCUUCUCCGUCUCGCGUCAGGACAGAACCUCCCGAAGGAGACCCUGCGCCUUCCUCUACCCGAAGAGCAGCCUGCAGUAUUCAAAUGCCUCCCCGAGUACUUCCUCGAAGAUGUCGUCGACAACUUCAAGUUCAUCACCCGCAACAUCCCUCACAUUGUCACUUCUACCCAGUGUGAGGAGCUUGCCACUGUCUGCAUCACGUUCUUGCGCAAUACAAACUACAUCAAGAAUCCCUACAUGAAGGCUGGACUGGUUACCAUCCUGUUCCAUGGUGUCUGGCCUUUUGGUAAUUUCACUAAAGGUGUUCUUGGUGACCUUCUCAAUGGUUCGGAGUUUUGUCACCAGCAUCUCUUACAUGCGCUCAUGCAGUUCUACAUCGAGUGUGAAGCGACUGGAACACACACCGCGUUCUACGAUAAGUUCAACAUCCGAUACGAGAUCUUCCAAGUGUUCAAGAGCAUCUGGGGAAAUCCUCUUUACCGAGAGAAUCUUGGAAAAGAGGCGGACGUCAAUACCGAGUUCUUCGUUCGCUUUGUCAACCUUUUGCUGAACGAUGUAACAUACGUCUUGGACGAGGUGUUUGGCUCGUUUGCCAAGAUCCACGAUCUACAAGUGGAGCUCAAGGCCCCUGGUUCAGAGAACAUGGAGCAGACGGUACGGCAAGAAAAGGAAGAAGCAUUGGCUGAACAGCAGGGCCGUGCUAAAUCAUACAUGGGUUUGACCAAGGAGACUGUCGCCAUGCUCAAGUUGUUCACAGAUGCUCUGGCUGGCGCCUUCACCAUGCCAGAGAUCGUGCAACGUCUCGCAGACAUGUUGGACUACAACCUGGACACGAUGGUCGGACCACGACGUCGUAACCUCAAGGUGGAUCAGCCCGAACAGUAUGGCUUUAAGCCUCGUGAGCUACUCUCGGACCUUGUUGAUGUUUACUUAAACCUAGAACACCGCGAGAGUUUCCGUCAGGCGAUUGCUCGUGACGGUCGUUCGUACAAGCCCGGUAACUUCACAGAGGCAAUGCAACUUCUGGAAGCCUUUGGCAUGAAAUCUCCUGAACAAGUCAAGCAGUUUACUGCUUUGAUCGAUGCCGUGGCACUGGUUCACGCUCAGGAGGUCAUGGCCGAAGAAGAUCUUGGCGAGAUUCCGGAUGAGCUGCUCGAUCCCAUCAUGGGCUCGCUCAUGGAAGAUCCUGUCCUGUUGCCCAGCAGUAAACAGAUCGUCGAUCGCAGCACAAUUCGCUCACAUUUGCUCUCGGACUCUACUGACCCGUUCAAUCGUGUGCCCUUGGCGUUUGAAGAUGUGGUGCCCGCUGAAGACAAGAAGAAGGAAAUCUUGGCAUUCAUUGAAAUGAAGAGAAAGGAGAAGGCUGCCAACAGUGCUGGGGACCCGAUGGAUACAAGCACAUGA